AAAUUUCUCGCACAUACACACAGCAAUACCAUUUUUCUCAUCUCGACCGAAGAAGAAGAAGAAGACGACGCCGACGAAGAAGUAGAAGAAGGUAGAGAGAGAGCGAAAGAUGGGUGGAGGGAUGGAAACGAACAAGAACAGGUUCAUCGAGGAUUGGAGCAGUGCCAGGGAGAAUCUCGAGCACAACUUCCGUUGGACUCGUCGCAACCUCGCCCUCGUCGGGAUCUUCGGCAUCGCCCUCCCGAUCCUUGUUUACAAGGGAAUCGUCCGAGAAUUCCAUAUGCAAGACGAGGACGCAGGCAGACCUUACAGGAAGUUCCUCUGAGUUUGCUUGCUUGCUUGGAAGCAUCUUUGCAAUAAAUCUCAGCAAAAUCGAAAAUCGGUUUUUGCUUUCAGCAGCUCAAAUCCAUCACAAAACUCUGCUUUUUUUAUAACAUUUUCGCACUGGCUUGAACAUAUCAACGACAGAAUUCUGUAAAAUGUUUGUUUGUUUGCAAAUAAAAACCGGCAGCUUUUAUUUUU